AUGUCGAUGAAUAUUAUUCUGAAUGUGUUAAUGAUAUGAAUGUUGAGCCAUUACCAAUUUCAGAUGUCAAUAAAUAUUUCUUGGUCGGUGAAUAUUACUCUGAAAAUGCUAAAGAUAUAAAUGUUGAGUCAUUAGAUUUCAAUGAAUAUUUUUCAUUUGAUGAAUUUUUCGAAAACGAUAACGAUUUAAAUGUUGAGCAGCUAUUGCCAAAUGACUUUUCCUAUAUAAAUAAAGCUACUAAAAGUAUGGGGAAUGAUUUAGAAACAACUCAUAAUAUAGAAAAUCAAGAAGUUACUGAAAGUAUGGAGAAUGAUUUAGAAACAACUUAUAAUAUAGAAAAUCAAGAAGUUACUGAAAAAUCUAAUGUUGUCAAAAUUGAGCCUAUAAGUGAUGCAGAAGAAAGUACUAGAAUAAAUAAGAAGAAGUGUGGAAUUUGUGGUUUGAGAGGCCACAAUGCACGUACCUGUCCUGCAGAAUCUGACACUGAGUUAGAAUCUAAUAAUUAUACUGAAGAAAUUAGCAAGAAUAAGCGAAAAUGUAGA